CUUUUUAUGGCCACGUGAACGUACAUGGUAUGCCACAUCACAUUUUUGUGCAAUAGAAUGUCUGAACAUAAAGAUUUGCAGAAUAACUUACAAAUCAUUGACAAAAGUAAUAAACAUGGCAGUUGUGUACAUAUACCAAAAAAUUAAAGCCUAUGGGAGUUAUUACUGCAUCGAUUAAUCGAUAUUUUUUACCCACCCAUAAUCAGAAUGGAUUGUUGCAAAUAAGGUCAGGGCAGGAGAUGCUGCAGCCUGUUACCAUGGUGAUGUGAUUAUGACACUUAUCGGGUCAUAUCCAUUCAAUGAUUGCCGGAUUAGGGGAUUCACUUUGAUCAUGUUUUGUUUCUUGUCAUGCUCGUCAUUCACCUUCCGUCUUCUGCCUCCCUUGGCAUUCAUCCUUCGCUCACAGGUCAGAAACAGUCGAAAGAGUAGAUUUUCAUCAUGCUCUCGUCUCCACCAAGUGGCCAAGAACCUUCACGUCUUAUUUUAGCAUCCCUCCUCUCGUAUCGCUCGCCUCUCUUCUGAGUGUGACUCCCUUCCUCGUCGCUGGGAAAUGAAGCGUGGGUCGAGUGCGUUACAGCCUACUCCUCCUCCUCCUCCGCCUCCUCCUCCCGACGUGGCCCAACGACACACACAGGCAGCUCGUCGGCAGGACCACGUGCACGCUGACCGCAGGUCGGAGUUGUGCACAGCAGGUUUGAGCCCCUUCCUGGCAGCGACUUCUCUCUUCAGCCCUGAUGUCAACACCAAGAUGGCGUCUGACCUUCUCAUUAGGCUGUCAGAGGCCACCCAGAAGUCCCAGAUGCUCCCUGGGAGUCGAGGAGAGGGUCGAGGUGGGCAGCAGGAGGAACCGGGUCUUGCUCUGUCCCCCGAUGGCCCCGGGGCCAGUCCUGAUCCACCCUCGCUCACGCACACACCUGAGGGUGAUGCCACCACUGACACGCUGGCUUCGGACUUGCUGAGGAAACUGGCAGAGAGUCAGUUCCUGACCCAGCCCCAUGUGAAGGUCAAGGAGGAAGAGGCCUCCAUGGAAAUCGACACGCAGAGCAUGUCAGGUGUCUUCCGUGACGGGCCAAUAAGAGACGUGCAAGGCCCGUCUUCUUCUAGCGAUGGAGGUCACCGUCUUUUGGCCGUCAAAAAAGAACACGUCGAGGCGGAGGAGAUGGCCGAUCCCCAUCUCGAUGGUGAUGUUCCGAAUGUUACGCUUGCUGUCAAAGUGGAGGAGGAGGAGAGCUCGGCGGCCACCUUGGCCGAGCAAAUUCUUCUCAGGGGAAAAAUGGAGGAAGAGACCCAACCCCGGUUGUUCUCUGGCGUCGCGAUGGAGGACCGGCAGUUCUUCGGAGACCAGUUGUGUUCCGGAGCCAAAAUGGCAGAGCAGUGCCUGCGGGCGGCGCUGUGGCAGGACAUGUCUGUCAACCUGGCAUCCACGUUGCUUCACCAGCUCUCAGAGCGGGUCGCGAAAUCCACCAGUGUGCCGGCACUGAGGACUAACCCCCCCACCAGGCGCAGUCCAGUCCUGAAGGCGGAACCGGCCUGGUCCUGCCCUUCGGAGCCUGCGUAUGGCAAUCCAAGCAGCCCACGAGGUAGUGUGAGCUUCUUCUACAGGUGUCACGUGUGCGGCUUCGAGACCGACGGGCGCCUCCUUUUCCGGGCUCAUAUGACGGAGCAUCGGCAGCAGGAGCGCGGAUCCUUCUCGCUGCGCUGCUGCGUCUGCGACCACGCCACCAAUCAGGAAGCGGCCAUGAAGGCGCACGCCGACAAGCAUGUGCUAGGCGGAGCCACCAGAUGCCCCCUCACCCUUCCCGCCGGCAGCGCACCUACAGUUGCCACGGCAACCCUGCCAGAGACGAUCACCUCAGAGCAUCGCUGCCGCAUCUGCCAGAGGUCGUUUCCCGGGCAACCAGAGCUGCUGGUUCACUUCCAGGGUCAUCGCCAAGGCAACCAGUACCGGUGCGAGCGCUGCGGCCACCUGACGCGCACCGCCAACAAGCUGGUGGAACACGUGCGCGUGCACACCGGCGAGCGGCCCUUCACCUGCCACCUUUGCCCGUAUAGCGCCAAGCGGCGGGACAGCCUGCGUCUGCACUGCAAGGUCAAGCACGGAGCGCACGCAACCGUGGCCGCGGCGAGCGCCGCGCACUCCCCCGGCAACGUGCACACGCACCGCUCCUACGUGCAUGGAGACAAUCCCAGCAAACACGUUCGGCGACUGCACACCAGCGUGCCCUCCUCAUCUUCGUCAUCUCCUCAUCUUCCUCUUCAACCCUCGCUGUGUGAGCUAGCAGGGUGGAGGGAUUUGUCUCCUCUUGUGCCCAUCACGACUCUCCUCUCGCUGAAGCCUCACUCCGGUGCGGCCCCGUGUUCUCUCCCCUCAUCCUCCUCCUCCUCCAACAAACAUUCUUUCCUUGGCUACCUAGGCCUGACAUCUUUGUGAAUGUCUUCCCUCGUCCUUUUGUCCUCUUUCUUCAUCUUUUUCUCAUGUCUCCUUCGAUGGAUGUAAAGCUCCCGCUGCCACGUUUAAGAAUGUCAAAAACUGACGCACUCAACGUCGUCUGCUUUUCGCCAAUCAUUGGAGUGCUAACUCGUAAAGCACUUGACUCCUUUUCUUAUGAUUGUCUUGAAUUAUUACUACUAGGUAUGUGUUGUCCUUCAGAAACAGCCAGCUUUUCUGUGAAUCUACGAGAAUGAUGAGACAAUGAGUGUCAGUGAACCAAAACUGUAAAUAUUUCCUUGAGGUCAUUCGCACCCUCAAAAUUUUUUUUUCAUAGCCACAGCUAAUGGUCAUGAGCAAUUCAUGCAAUGCUUAAUUAUUUAAGGAUGCACCAAUACCAAUCUUGGUACUGUUUGUCUGGACUUCCAAAAAAUAUUCUGAUACUACCAUCAGCUGUAUGUAACUUCCGGGCAGGGGGAGUAGUAUCCACGUGCGUAUCACACGGAUCACAAUCCUUACCGACUGCCUAUUAUGCCCUGCGAAAUGGAGGACAAACUCUGCUAAGAAGCGGUCUUGAAGAAAAAAAAUAUUAAAAUGUCUCAAAAUGGGUUACAGAGGUUUGAGUGAAUGAAACCUGUGUUAUCUGCAUUGGCAGUACCCUCAAUCAAUCUGCGGGAGAAAAACUGCUAUUGGUGCAUCCCUAAUUAGAGUGAUUAUUGCCCGAAUGAACUGCAUGAAAAUGUAUCAGAAUCUUUUUUUUUUUUUUUUCCCAAACCAGCUCUAAAUCACAGCUGCACUAUAUUUUGUCUUAAAAAAAAAAGUUUCCUUUCUGUGUGUUACUUCACUUGGUUUGCUUUUGUGUGGCAGUGUCGAUGGAGGUUCUGAAGGACAAAGACGCUCUUGCUGAUCUUUCUGUUGUAUAUAGCAACCCAUGUGCACUUUGUUGGCUUGCUGAUGCAAAAAAUUAAAAAAAGACAAAUCAUUAGAAGAAAUGUUUAUAUAUAUAUAUAUAUAUAUAUAUAUAUAUAUAUAUAUUGCAUUCCAAGAUUGUUUACAGUACAGUUUGACCAGCGACUGUCGAUUGUCUUGUAACAAAUGAGCUCACGGAUUCAGCAGAACCAGCAGUCAGUCCCAUGCUUGAAAUGUGGAUGGAUCCCGGAGAGGGUCGUGGUGGUGUCCUCUGCUGAGUCCUCUUUGCUUCCGCUUGAUCAAUAAAGUCUCAUUUCAGGACA